CGUUGACGGUCUGUCACAUUUCACACUGGGCUCAUACGCUCACAUUCACAGGGCUCACAAUAAUAUCGACAGAUAGGAGCACGGCGGAGGGGAGCCCGUUGAAGCCUCUUAAAGCUGCUGCUGUUGGAGAAAAAGUGGAAAAAAGACUCAGGAGGAAGAAAAAAAAAAAAAAAGGAACUAGAGGAAAUCCCCCGAAAGGAAAUGCCAAUCGCAGCCGCUGGACAGCCAACGACCCAGGAGCCCAGAGUUUGCCCCCGGCUGCCCUCCACCCCGGAGCCCGUCACUAAAGGGGCCGACUUAUUAUUCGAAGAGGCGGGGACGGCGGAGUCGCCGGAGCGCACAGAGUACGGGGCCGCCGAGGGGGGCAGAGCGGGGCUCGGGGGCUUCGCUUACAGCCACAGCGGCGCUAGGAGCUUCGUGCUGCCCGGAUCCACCGUCGGCUCUCCGCCGCGGUCGCCGACCGCCGCCGCCGCCUCCUCCUCCUCUUCCGCCUCCUCCUUCCUCCUCCACCUCUCUCACCCCCACCAAAUGGCCAUGGAACCCCCACGGACUCGAUCGCGUUCUCGGUCUGGAUACUACCAGCAGUACGGCGUUGGGAGUAACGCCGCCGGAGUUACGGUGUCCAGCCACCACCACCAUCACCACCUCCACCAUCAUCUCCACCAGCAGCAGCAGCAACAACAACAACAACAACACCACCAUCAUCUCCACCAGCAGCAGCAGCAACAACAACACCAGCAGCAGCAGCUCGGUGCCGGCUGCGCACCACUCGGAGCUCACAGCAAUCACCCGGAGAACCAGCAGCGAUUGCCGGGAAGCAACGCCUCCCCCGGCAUUCAGAGGCUCCCCUCUGUGCCCGGAGUGCACCACAUCCCGAUGGCAGGAGCCUCUGGUGGAGCGUAUCACUGCCACCCGGACCAUGCAUAUGGAGAGGAGACUGAUAAGAGCGAGGAGAGCCCCAGUCCGAAGCGCCAGAGGCUGUCCAGUCAGUCCGUCUUAGAGCAGCUGACCUCAUCUGCGCCCCUGCCAUCCACGCCUUCCCCCCCCAUCCGCCCGUGGGAGUCGGGGCCUCCGAGCCGGCGGCAGCCUCACCCUCACGCCCACUACCACCAGGAGCGGUGCCUCACGCCGCCUCGGCUCCGGCGCAGCCCGCCGGCGAGGCGUCAGCGCGGCCGUCUCUCCAGACCCUCCCGCCACCCGCCUCUUCAUCACCACCCCUCUGCCCAAGGACCCCCGCCUCGCCUGUCGCUGUCGGAGCGUCAGGAUGAGAACUACCACAACCCCCUCGCCUCCACGCACCAGACGUACCCGCCGCACACCCCAGGCACUUACUCCCAGCCUCCAGCAGCUGGCGGCAGAGGUCCAGAGGAGCCCCGAGCCUUCCACCCCCCCACGUUAUCGUCCCAACUGUUGCACCCAGCGGCCCAUCACCACCCCCACCACCCCCAUCACCACCAUCACCAGCAGCAGCAACAGCACCACCACGCGACGCAACAGCAGCAAGGGGCCAUGGUCCUGGACCUGCACGAUCGGCUGCAGCAGGGCAACGUACCCGUCUCCUACACAGUGACCCCGGUCCCCCCACACGGCCUGCCAGCGCCUCUGUGUAGCGGUCAGCAUAUCCCGCCUUCCUGCUCGUCUCAGCAGCAGGUCCCCGCCUGCAGCGUGGUCUUCAGCACCGGGCAGCACUACCACCCGAUGUUGCAGGCGUGCUCGAUGCAUCACUUGCCGGUCUCCUACGCUUUUCCCUCGCUGUUGUCUAGUGACCCUCAGUUCCUGAUCUCGCCUCCGCCUCAUCUCUCCCACCACUCGCCCCAUCUGCCCACACAGUUCCUGCCUUUCCAGACUCAACAGCCUCGAUCGCCCUUACAGAGGAUCGAAAACGAGGUCGACAUUGUGGGAGAGCAGCUCCCGGUUGGAGGAAGCUUCAGCUACGCCCACCACCAUCAUCAUCAUCACCACCAGCCUCCCUCCGCCCUGCCACCUUCCACGCCGCUCCAGUUCCUUUCACACCAUGACCCCCUGUCACAAGAGCUUUUCACAGUGCCAUAUCCUCACUUUAUGCCUCGGCGAUUUGCAAGCCGCCGUUACCGCUCGCCGCAGGCGGUCCCGCCGUCUCCCUACCACCCCAGCUUCCUUCCUUACUUCCUGUCAAUGCUUCCUGUUCCUCCGAAUGUGGCUCCUGCCAUCAGCCUAGAGCUGGAUGUGGACGACGGAGAGGUGGAAAACUAUGAGGCCCUGUUGAACCUCGCCGAGCGUCUGGGGGAGGCCAAACCCAGGGGUCUAACCAAGGCCGACAUAGAACAGCUUCCGUCAUACAGGUUUAACCCCAACAACCAUCAGUCUGAGCAAACACUAUGCGUCGUGUGCAUGUGUGACUUCGAGUCCCGCCAGCUGCUCAGAGUCCUCCCCUGCAAUCACGAGUUCCACGCCAAGUGCGUGGACAAGUGGCUUAAGGCAAACCGCACCUGCCCUAUCUGUCGAGCCGACGCCUCUGAGGUCCAGCGGGACUCUGAGUGACCUUGAAUGAACACCAUCAGCAGUUUUGCUUAUUUGUUUUUGGUUUUUUUUUUUAGAUGCCCUGAUAAAUGGGGGAACUCAUCCAAUCAUUGUCAUGUGACUGGGACCACUGCACAUAAACCUUUCACUCCUCAAACAGCGCACAGGUAUCAAAGCCUUCCGCUUAGCCCCCCGCUCACUUUAGACCUGGACUUCCUGAGCCUUUCGUCUCCGUUUUCAAGUCGCCGCCUGGUCAGCUGUCUUCUGACGGUCGCAGAGAAUAACUUUUUAGACGCGCCCGGCUGAACAUCCCCGUUUUAACGUCGUCGUAGAUGCUUCCCAAUUCAUGUGAUCAGUUUAUGGACAGAGGAGAUCAGUGCUAAAGGUUUUCGUUUUUAAAGUUGGCUUUCCAAAGAUUAUGGCAACAUUUCCUCUUAAUGUAAUCCAGGAUUCUUAUCUGGUUGUGAAGAAGCAAUUUUCUUUCUUUCUUUCUUUUAUAUGUUUGUGCUCUUUUUAACUGAGUCGAACUGAAUGCAAGGGUUUUAUUUCUCACUGUUCUUGUCUUCCUGACUUUGUUCGUUGUGUGGGAGUCGGUGCGGUUCUGUCGGGGGAAAUCUCUUAUUGGAACAAUGCAUAGCCUACACGUGUUGAACUAGUUUCUCCUCUCAUUGAGUUGGACUCGGGGUAUCAAGGACCUUGGGACGUUUUAGGACAUUUCUAAAAUCAUGUCUAGGACCUCGAGGAAACAAAAUAAACUCGUAAACUUCAAACGUUAGGACGUCGUGUUGCGCGUGCAGAGAUCUUCAUAAAUAUAUGAAUGCAAUUAUGUUUUAAAUCAAGUGGACUUUAGCGUCUCUCCUCAAAGCCCUUAAUCUGUUCUCGAUCCGUCUGGUUGGAACGAGUCGUUUAAACACGUUACCGUCUGUCGGUUGCCUUCAGUGCAGGUGGCGACCCAGUUCGUUUUUCCUCCACCUACCAGGAACCACUCUGACACAGCUUUCAGGUCUUAACCAGCUCUACUUCGCGUCACUGGCAGAUUUUACGCUGCAGCACUUUACACCGACGUAAUACCUACAAUAAUACCUUUCUCUGCGUUCUGAACGAACCGUUUUUUUUUUUUAAGCGCAGUCGUCCUCGGUAGCGAAAUGGGUCAAAGUUUAUUUCCGAGUCCUCUUUGGUCUGUGCGUGGCUUUUGGACACGUUUAAAAACGACUACUUCUUUGAGGUUCAAAGCUGCACCAGUCUACUUGAGGCAAAAUAAAAGCUUGUGCUCCGUCCCUUGUUGUUGUUGGUAACCUGUCGGAAUAAGUCUGACACAAAAUAUUCAACGACCGACAAACGAGCAGUAAAUAGUUCAGAUAACUGGUUUCUAUGCAUAGCGUCUCAGCUGCUGAUUCAACUGAAGGCUUGAUCUACAAGACGGCAGGAGUAAAGGCUGCAGAUGUUUACAGGCCCACACCUCUAUGGAGCAUUUUAGGGGGAAUUCCCUCCUUUCCCGUUCGCCUUAUGCCGGCGCCUCCUAAUGAUCCAAAAGAGAUCCGCCAUUUAAACUACCACUGUUUGAUUGUACUCACUGCUUGUUUCGUCUCAGUGCGGAAGCUUUACAGCAGAAGCUGCACGAAGCGCUCCGGAAGGUUCACCGAGCCGCCUUUUAAGUGGCUUACGUCGGAAAUGCCUUUUUUUACACAUCCGCAUCUUCCCCCAGGUCCAGGUUACAGGAUCAACGGCAACGGAUUUGUUCAAACCACGUUCUGCUUUCCACCAAGUGCAAAACUGUGCAUUAAUGUCUGGAUAGGUUUUCGCUUAAUUAUGUUCUUCAUCUGCAUCAUCGGUGUAGGAAAUCCUGGGAGUCAGUAAAAAUGACAUCUGUCUUUUUUUUUUUUUUUUUUUUCUUAAAACGGUUGUGAUUGUAUGCAUACAUUUUGUGUUUUAGGAUUGCCGUUUGUUUUGUUUUCUGGUACACUAGCGAUUACCUCAGUCCCACUAUUUAUGUCUUCUGACAAUAUGGCGCAAAAACGGUAUGAUUCGUGCUUUCUUUCUGCUAAUGUUUUUCAUGCAGAUCGCCGGGUUGUUUGAUAAAGUUUUCCCUCCAAACUAUGAAACUGUAUUAUUCAAAUGGUGUCAUAGUAGUUUCAUUAUGUAUUAUAUCUGUAACCAAAAUCAUCUGAAGGCUUGUGAUGAUGACGAGGGUGAAAUUUUUAACAAACAUUUGUACAUUUUGUAUGAGAGUUACUUAUGGUAAUACUUUAUUAAGUAGUGCAAUGAUUUUUUUUUUUUUUUUUAAUCCCUUACCCCAUCUUUUGGAUUUCAAAAGCUGGUUCAAUAAUAAAUGUAUAACAUCUUCUAA